AUGCCAAGUGAUUUAGAUAUAGAGUUUAAUGAAGAAUGCAUUAUUGAACAUAAUCGUCUAAGAGCUUUACAUGGAUGUCCAGAAUUAAUCCUUGAUUAUGAAUUAGCUAAAGAUGCACAAAAAUAUGCAGAACGUUUGGCAAGUGUUAAUGAACUUGAACAUUGUACAGAUACUGAUUCAGGGGAGAAUUUAGCUUUUUUUACAACUACUACAGUUGCUCAGAAAAAAGAUUUUACAGGACAUUUUACACAAGUAGUAUGGAAGUCGACUACAACAGCUGGAUUUGGUAGAGCUUGGUCAAAAGAUCGUCAUAGUAUUUAUGUCGUUGCCAGAUACGAUCCACCUGGGAAUUUUUCGGACGAAUUUCUUGAAAAUGUCCCACCUUUAAUUAGUAAGUAG